AUGAACAAAGAGUCUGAAUACGAAAAUGCUAAAUAUACACCAAGACCUUUCACAGUCCUCGCAUUCGAAAGUUCUGCAGAUGAUACCUGCGCUGCUGUCGUCACCUCCUCACGCCAGAUCCUCUCGAACAUCGUCGUAAAGCAACAUGUCCUGCAUGAACACUUUGGUGGCAUCCAUCCCUCAGUAGCUAUCGAGGCUCACCAGCGAAACAUGCCGGGCGCCGUCCGACGGGCUCUAGAGGAAGCCAAGAUCACAGUUGGCGAUGUCGAUGGAGUAGCUUUCACGCGUGGGCCUGGUAUCGGCGGGUGUCUCAGCGUAGGCUCGAAUGCGGCAAAGUCGCUCGCCGCUGCGCUCAACAAGCCUCUAGUUGGCGUUCAUCACAUGCAAGCUCAUGCACUGACGCCGUUGUUAACAGCCCCACUCAAUGAGCUCCCCACUUUCCCGUUCCUCACUCUCCUGAUUUCAGGCGGGCACACGUUGUUGCUCCUCGCGUCAUCGCUCACAGAGUUCCGUAUACUGGCGACUACGGCUGAUGAGAGCGUGGGUCGGGCGUUUGACAAAGUCGCGAGGAUGCUUGAAUUGGACUGGGGGAAACGCGGCCUUGGAGCAGCCCUGGAAGAUUUUUGUCGGACUGGUGGCGACUUUGACGAGGGACAACUUGGACGAGGCCUGGACGAUGCUGUUCCUCAGCUUCCUCUUCCCAUGCCUGGACAGCUCGGGUUUUCAUUUUCGUGUUUACACUCUUCUGUGGAACGGGCGCUUGCUUCUCAUCCAUCUUCCAUCAACUCGUCAUCUGUUCCGCACGCUUAUAAACUUGCUCUGGCUCGCGCUUUUCAAUCCGCUGCUGCACGUCAGCUUACGUCGAAGCUAACUCUAGGCCUUCAAUGGUGUGAACGAAGAGAUAUUACAGUGAGAGACAUAGUAGUUAGUGGUGGAGUCGCGUCGAACGCGUUUCUGCGGGACAGAUUACGCGUGGCUUUGGACGAGUACGCUACUAGCAGUGUUACUUCAGGGAGUGAUAAAUACGAACCAAUUCAACUGCUAUUUCCCCCUGUUGAGCUCUGUACAGAUAAUGCUGCGAUGAUCGCAUGGGCUUCUAUGCACCGUUUCCUGGAAGGCGAUCACGAUCCAUAUACAAUCGAGUUGCGCUCAAAGUGGAGCGUCGAGGAUAUCCGUGCAUGAUUCAGGGGAUAACUACUUGACAACUUACUGCACAACUUCUGUAGUCAUUUUAGUGGUAUUAAAAGAGUCUCGCUGAAUAUGCGAGAUAUAUUCGAUGGUUUGCUAUGUGCAUAUCACUGCGACUGAAAACUGUCAGCCGAGUCCUGUGAGACUAAUAUAAAGUGGAAUCUCGUUGGCGUCGCGAUAAGAUAAGUUGCAAGACACAGGCACGUGCUGGUUGCGUGCGAGUCUAGGCUCUGACGUUAGACAACGAUCACACGCAAGAGUGAAGAGAACGAGUUG